AUGCGUUCACUCUUUCAAAUCAGCCUCCUCGUCGCAACGGUCCUGGCCGAGCGGCCGUUCCUCGAAGAGCCAGACACGGGACUCGAGACCUACCUUUACAGCGCCAACUACAGCGAUGGCGAGCUUCCACAGCUCAAAGACAUGCGAGGCAUUCCCGACUUUGAUUGGGCUGCCGAGCACUACCUUGACAACCAGAAGUACUCAUUCUACCGCACCGGAAACGGCGGAGAGUGGUCAUACCGUAACAACCUGGAGAUCUGGAGCCAGGUCAAGUUCAGGCCCCGCCAGCUGAACGAUGUUUCCAAGCUCAACGAGACGCUCCCAACUACCUUCCUGGGCUACAACUUCUCAGCACCCUUCUUUAUCUCGCCCGCAGCCCGCGCGGGCUACAGUGACCCAGAGCGUGCGGAGCUCAACUUCGUCGACGCCAGCGCGGCCGAGGAGACCCUGUAUGUCGCGGCUCUCUACGCCUCCAAGACGAUCGAGGAGAUCCAAGCGCAGAAGCACAACGGCACCCUCAACGGCCAGCAGGUCGUCUUCCAACAGAUAUACUCCAAUGUCAACCUGAGCGUGACCUGGGACAACAUGGCCCGCGCCGAGGCCGCCGGCGUCAAGGCCUUCGUCUGGACCAUCGACGCGCCCGGCGACUCGACCCGCCACCGCGCGGCCCGCUACGACACCACCAACGCCAACAGCGUCACGUCGGCGCUCACCUGGGACCUGUACGACGAGAUCCGCAACCACACCUCGCUGCCCGUCAUCCCCAAGGGCAUCACCACAGUCGAGGACGCCCUGCUGGCCGUCGAGAAGGGCGCGCCCGCCAUCUGGAUCAGCAACCACGGCGGCCGCCAGCUGGACCACAGCCCGUCGUCGCUCGAGAUCGCCUACGAGAUCCACCGCAACGCGCCGCAGGUGUUCACGGACGUCGAGGUCAUGGCCGACUCGGGCAUCCGGUACGGCACCGACGUCCUGAAGCUGCUCGCCCUGGGCGUCAAGAUGAUUGGUAUGGGACGGCCCUUCAUGUUUGCCAACGUCUUCGGCGUCGACGGCGUUAGGAAGGCGAUCCAGAUCCUCAAGAACGAGACUAUCCAUGACGGUGCCCAGGCCGGCGUGACUGAUCUGCGCAACGUGAGCAGCAAGGUGAUCAAUGCUCGUGCCCUUGAGCACAACGUCUUCCUGUUGGACGAGUAG